AUGUACCAUGAUCUCAAGCGGUAUUAUCACUGGGUCGGGAUGAAGAGAGAUGUGGUUGAUUGGGUCUCAAAAUGCAACACGUGUUCGUUGGUUAAGGCUGAGCAUCAGGUUGCAGGUGGUCUUCUGCUGAGUUUGCCCAUUCCAGAGUGGAAGUGGGAUAGGAUCACGAUGGAUUUUGUUGUGGGAUUACCUAUCUGGCGGACCUACGAUACUAUCUGCGUGAUUAUGGACCGGUUGACUAAGUCAGCAAAUUUUCUGACCAUUAAGAAGAUAGAUGGAGCGGCUGUUUUUGGCUAA